GAUGAGCUAUUUAAGAUGGGAAGCAAGAUUCUCCAGCAGUCUAAAAGCCAAAAACAAAAAACAGAAGCCUACGUAUUUUUUGCCAAAGCAGCUGACAUGGGAAAUGUGGAAGCUAUGGAAAAAAUGGCUGAUGCUUUGCUCUUUGGAAAAUUUGGCACACAAAACAUCACAGCAGCUAUCCAACUGUACAAGUCCUUGGCUAAAGAAGGAUCAUGCAAAGCCCAAAACGCACUAGGAUUCUUAUCUUCUUAUGGAAUAGGAAUGGAAUAUGACCAAGCCAAGGCACUGGUAUAUUACACAUUUGGAAGUGCUGGAGGAAGCAUGGUGUCCCAGAUGAUUUUGGGGUACAAAUAUUUGUCAGGAAUCAAUGUCAUACAGAAUUGUGAAGUUGCCCUAAAUCAUUACAAGAAAGUGGCAGAUUAUAUUGCUGAUAAAUUGGAAAAAAGUGAAGGUGUUCCAGUGGAAAAAGUGAGACUAACUGAGAGACCUGAAAAUCUGAGUUCUAACACUGAGAUUCUGGAUUGGGACAUCUACCAAUACUAUAAGUUUCUGGCAGAAAGAGGAGAUGUUCAGAUACAAGUAUCUCUUGGACAAUUACAUCUAAUUGGGAGGAAAGGCCUAGACCAGGAUUACUAUAAAGCACUGUACUACUUUCUAAAGGCAGCAAAGGCUGGGAGUACGAAUGCCAUGGCAUUUAUAGGAAAGAUGUAUUUAGAAGGGAAUGCUGCGGCACCGCAAAAUAAUGCCACUGCCUUCAAAUACUUCUCCAUGGCAGCCAGCAAGGGCAAUGCAAUUGGUCUUCAUGGACUUGGUCUCCUUCACUUUUAUGGAAAAGGUGUUCCUGUGAACUAUGCCGAAGCACUUAAGUACUUCCAGAAAGCAGCAGAGAAAGGAUGGCCCAAUGCGCAGUUCCAGCUGGGCUUCAUGUACUACUCUGGCUCUGGAGUAUGGAAGGACUAUAAACUUGCCUUCAAAUAUUUUUACUUGGCAUCUCAGAGUGGGCAGCCCCUUGCCAUUUAUUAUCUGGCCAAGAUGUACGCAACGGGAACAGGAGUACUGCGGUCAUGCAGAACCGCCGUGGAGCUUUACAAAGGUGUCUGUGAACUGGGCCACUGGGCUGAGGCAUUCCUGACAGCUUACUUUGCCUACAAGGAUGGGGAUGUAGAUUCCUCUCUUGUUCAGUAUGCACUGCUCGCAGAAAUGGGAUAUGAAGUAGCUCAAAGCAAUUCAGCAUUCAUUUUGGAAUCUAAAAAAGCUAAAAUUCUUGAAAAAGAGAAGAUGUACCCAAUUGCACUUCUCUUGUGGAAUCGAGCUGCUAUUCAAGGCAAUGCAUUUGCUAGGGUAAAGAUUGGAGAUUACCAUUACUAUGGCUAUGGGACCAAGAAAGACUAUGAAACGGCAGCCACGCAUUACAGCAUUGCAGCUGACAAAUACCACAGUGCACAAGCCAUGUUCAACCUGGCCUAUAUGUAUGAACAUGGCUUAGGUAUCACAAAGGAUAUUCACUUGGCCAGGAGAUUAUAUGACAUGGCUGCUCAAACAAGUCCAGAUGCUCACAUACCUGUGUUCUUUGCCCUCAUGAAACUGGAAACUAUGCAUUUGCUCCAAGAUAACAUAUUUGUUAAUUUUAUAAUGAGAUGGAAAUGGAUGAAACUGGACACCACCCUGGGACCAUACUGGGAUUUAUAUGUGAUUGGCCUAAUUGUUGUCAUGCUGAUCUUCUUGUUUAGAAAUCGCCAUACAUAG